AUGACAAAGUCAGAAAAUGAGAAAAUGAGCACAUCGCGAUUUAUGACCUCUGAGGGUCUCAUGCCAUCAACAAUAUUUGACAAAGAAGAUGCUGAUAUGGACGUAUCCGAAGAAAUGGAAGAAGUGAGGGAGCUACUCUACGAGAUGAUCAAGAAGAACUUCCCUAUGGGUGUGUCAUCGUCUCAUCUAGCCCAGAAAUAUCACGAAGAGUAUGUGUCGAAAGGCCUUGGUCGAGAAUUACCAGAGGAUUGGCUCGUUCAAGUAGCAGAGGCGGAAGAAUUUGAGGCGCAAACUCGCGGCCCACUCACAAUCUUAUUUGUAAGGCUCUCAAAUACGAAUUCAUUCAAAAGGCCUCCCAUUUCACAUACUGAUGUGAAAGUGCUCUCAGCUGGAACCACCCCUGCGGAUGCUGAUCUAAUCAAAUUGAGGAAAGAUCGUUAUCCUUUGCAGCAUGCAGAAACGCUUUCUGUUACUUCCAAAGCUCUCGAACCAAAAUGUGAUGUCAUAGUUGUUGCAUUCGAAUCCUCUAAAGAUCUGCAUAUACGAGCUACGGCAGAUGAUCCUGUAUUCGAAUCGCUUAAGGCUGAUAUGAGGAAAUUCUAUGCUGACAACCCUAGUGACAGAAGAGUUCAGAUAUAUGAAGUCUUGUCGGGAGGAGCAUAUGCGUUGUGUGAUGCUGCGGGAAAUUGGUUCCGAGUCAUUGCCGUGGAAUUGCCACGAUCGGGCACGGUCAAGUGUUUUUUCUGCGAUGUUGGUGUAUUUGGCGCAUAUCCAGUGGUGGAUCUCCGUCUUCUGCCGGAUCCAGGUCAUCCCAUCAUGUCCCACGGAGCUUUGGCUAAGCGUGUGAAUUUGGCCUUGCCCGACCAUGCUGUGGGUGACAUAUCUGAUGAGAUACUGCGUUCCGUGCUGUUUGAAAAGGAUGCAGUAGGCAAUCUUAUACCAGUGCGCAUGCAGGUGUGUUUUGGUGUUCGGUUUUCUUAUCGAAUUAAUCAUUACCUAUCUCUUUCGGUGACCUCGUUUACUGAAGUGACUGUCGAUGGUGAGACUCUGACCACCGCUGAUCUGUGGUUGACAGAUGGAAGAGCCGUCGUUGAAGUGGUUCUGAUGAACAUGCCUGAUGGCAGAGACUGGUCGGCUUCCACGAAUUGUGAUGGUCCGCCAGCCACAUCGGUACUGCCUACUUCUGCCAGUUUACCUCCUACUGUUUGCGUUUUCGAUGGUGAUGUAGAAAUAGUCCCGAUGGACGUUAGUCAGAUUCCAUCUGCUACUUUCUCAGCAAAUGCCCUUUUUGCCGCGGGCCCUGCAGAUAUCAGUCUUCGUCAGGUGUCCCUUGAUCCGAUGCCUGAUUACAUGUACGACAAACUUGCCGAAGAAUGUCAGAUGCCCGACGCGCAGCUAGAUGGCCCACCUCGCCCAGGUGCUUUCUAUGCUGCACUGAUCAACGAUCGCUGGGAACGUGUGCAAUGCGUGCGAGCCAGCAAAAUUGACAAAGCAGCAUUCUGCGUGUAUCUCAUAGAUGUUGGUGCCUUUCAUUAUGCAAGAGCGGAUGUUCUUAGGAGGCUCAAUAUCAAAACCCCUUUUCGUAAAAUGCUUAUGUUCAAAUGCAAGAUUGCGCAUAUCGUACCAAUUGGUGGUCAAGAUGUGUGGAGUCGUGAGUCUCAUGAAGCUGUUCGCGAAUUUUUUGAAGCGGGAAUGGGCGACACUGUGAUGGUAACUCCUUUGCCGAAUGGCCAUGGGUUGUGGAAGCAAAUGAAUGCACCGUCAGUUCCACUGGUUACAGCGAGUGUCUCGUGUUGUGGACGUGAUCUCGCUGAUUGGCUAAUAUCUCGUUGUUUGGCUAUGCCAGAAACAUGUUGAUAUCAAUGCGUUCGUUCUUGAAGAUUGCUUGACUUUUUGCGCUUGCCAGUUUUAUACUAUUUAUUUCUAUGCAGUUGAAUCACUAAAAUGCUAGUCGUUUGAUCCUUAUAUAUGUCAUAAUAUCUUAAUGUGAUUAGUUUACCGCUUUUUUAAUGCUGUAAUUUUAUUCACCUAAUACGCAGCUUUGUUACAGACAUAAUACUAGCAAGUCAGAGCAUAACAUUUGUGCAACGUUUGUAUUUAUUAAUCUUGGAGCUCAUGUUGAUUCAAACUUUCAGUUACGAGUGCACUUUUACAUCUGUGAUUUCUUCAGUGCUUGGUUGCGGUUCAAUCCUGUCACUCUAAUUUAAGUUGCUCACAUUCAGUGACGAUGUACUGCUUUAUUCGUUUGCACAAGUUGUGAUAUUUAGAAUCGCAUUGAGUAAAGAUUUCUAUUUUCU